UGCCAACGAAGGGUCAAGGGGAGGGGCUCACUUCCGGGAGGAGAGCGACUAGUAACCCGGAAGCUCUCGACAGUGCGGCGCUGUUUAAAGAUGGCGGCGGAGGAACCUCAGCAGCAGAAGCAGGAGCCGCUGGGCAGCGACUCCGAAGGUGUUAACUGUCUGGCCUAUGAUGAAGCCAUUAUGGCUCAGCAGGACCGAAUUCAGCAAGAGAUCGCUGUGCAGAACCCUCUGGUGUCAGAGCGGCUGGAGCUCUCGGUCCUGUACAAGGAGUAUGCCGAGGAUGACAACAUCUAUCAACAGAAGAUCAAGGACCUCCAUAAAAAGUACUCGUACAUCCGGAAGACCAGGCCUGAUGGGAACUGCUUCUACAGGGCGUUUGGCUUCUCCCACUUGGAGGCACUGCUAGAUGACAGCAAGGAGCUGCAGCGGUUCAAGGCUGUGUCUGCCAAGAGCAAAGAGGACCUGGUGUCCCAGGGCUUCACUGAGUUCACAAUCGAGGACUUCCACAACACGUUUAUGGACCUGAUCGAGCAGGUGGAGAAGCAGACCUCAGUAGCUGACCUGCUGGCCUCCUUCAAUGACCAGAGCACCUCCGACUACCUUGUGGUCUACCUGCGACUGCUCACCUCCGGCUACCUGCAGCGGGAGAGCAAGUUCUUCGAGCACUUCAUCGAGGGCGGGCGGACGGUUAAGGAGUUCUGCCAGCAGGAGGUGGAGCCCAUGUGCAAGGAGAGCGACCACAUCCACAUCAUCGCGCUGGCCCAGGCUCUCAGCGUGUCCAUCCAGGUGGAGUACAUGGACCGCGGAGAGGGUGGCACCACCAACCCGCAUGUCUUUCCCGAAGGCUCGGAGCCCAAGGUCUACCUUCUCUACCGGCCGGGACACUACGACAUCCUCUACAAAUAGGGCUGGCCUGCCGCCACCCUGCCUGCCUCCCCUCUGCCAGGCGCUAGACAUGUACAGAGGUUUUUUGGUUUUUUUUUUUCCUUUUUUUUUGUGGUUGUAAAUGGUCAUAUUUCACUUCCUCCCUCUUCCUGUCACAACCUUCCAUGUUUUAUUAAAGGGGAUGCUGGUGGUGAGUCA